AUUUUAAAAAUCCAUUAAUUGAUUGUUUAAGAUUUUUCUUUUCUCGGCGUCUAAUUGGUUUAGAUACGUAAUCGAAUGGAAUUAACGAAUACCCAAGGUUCUGCUAGCGUUUUCCGUUAUAACAUCAAGAGUAGCGCUUUUCUACAACGUAUCCGUAUGACGUCAAUUACAUCACAUCACUAGUUAUCAACGAACGAAAGGUCGGACGGGUCAGGAGGAUCCCCAUUUAAGCGGCAUAUUCCAUUUAUUAUAUUAGUAUUAAAAAAUAUUAAAAUAAACAUAUAAAAUGUUUUCCCGUGCCCUGAAACCCGUUGCCAGUGUGGCAGUCCAGAAUGGCGCAAAAUUCUCCACCACAUCACAGAAAAACUUUAAAGUGGUGGUGGCGGGUGCUGCCGGUGGUAUCGGUCAGCCACUGGCUUUGCUGCUGAAGCAGAAUUCUUUGGUGACAAGGCUAGCGUUAUACGACAUCGCGCCUGUGACCCCUGGAGUCGCCGUUGACCUAUCCCACAUGGACACACCAGCCCAGGUCACCGGGCACAAGGGUCCAGAACAAUUAGCCGCAGCUGUUGAAUGUGCGGAUCUGGUAGUGAUUCCUGCAGGUGUGCCCCGUAAGCCGGGCAUGACCCGUGAUGACUUGUUCAACACAAAUGCAUCCAUUGUCCGUGAUAUAGCAGACUGUGUUGCUAAGAAUGCACCCAAAGCUAUCAUGGCUAUUAUCACCAAUCCUGUCAAUUCUAUGGUGCCUAUUGCUUCAGAAGUACUGAAGAAGGCUGGAGUAUAUGAUCCCGCUAAAGUACUUGGUGUAACCACCCUGGAUGUGGUCCGUGCUGCUGCUUUCAUUGGAGAGAUCAACUGCGUGGACCCCACUACUGUAAAGAUUCCCGUCAUCGGAGGGCAUUCGGGUGUUACCAUUAUUCCCGUGCUCAGCCAGAGCUGCCCCGCUGUUAAUUUGACCGACCAGAGCAAGAUUGAGGCACUCACAAAGAGGAUCCAGGAAGCUGGUACUGAGGUGGUGAAGGCAAAGGCCGGUGGAGGCUCCGCCACUCUGUCGAUGGCGUACGCCGGCGCCCGUCUCGCCUGCGCAGUGCUGCGGGGACUCAAGGGUGAUUCAGACGCAGUGGAGUGCGCAUACGUGAAGUCAGAUCUGACCGAGGCGACUUACUUUGCCAACCCAGUGCAGUUCGGACCCAACGGAGUUGAGAAGAACCUGGGCUACGGAGAGCUCAAUGACUACGAGAAGGAACUCCUCAAGGCUGCCAUACCUGAACUCCUUAAGAACAUCAAGACCGGUGAGAACUUCGCCAACAAGUAGACUAUUACCAAUGAACCAACCAGGAUGAAGACGGGAGAUUGGAGAAUUUGAAAUUUCUAGGAUUAGAACUAUGUCUAGUGAUAAUAGUGUUAAAAUUUAUUUUAAAUAGGAAAAUAUACAAAGAAGUAGUUUGGUAAUAUAUAUACCAUAGUUUUUGGGUUAUUGCUAUUUAAAAUAUGUUUUAAUGAAAUUAAAUGGCAUUAUUCUAUUUUAAAUUGUUCUUAGUAUAUUUUGGUUCUUUCCGAUGUCGUAUGUCUUUAAUGUCCUGAUUAAAAAGAAAAUGGUAGCAAAUAAAUGUUAGGAAAAUCUAUAUUUACCCUGACUCUUACUAUUUAUUAAAUUAUUCUUUCUUUUUAUCUGAAAAAUAUCGAAUGUUUGUAAUUAGAAGGAUUAUAUUUGCAUUUUGCUUUUGUUUAUUUAAACUUGUAAUGUCUGUGCGGAGGAUGGAAGUUAUUUUGUAAAUAAAUUGUUGGCCCCCGUAUGUUAUGUUGGUAUUAAAAUACAACAAAUAA